AUGGCGGUCAUUUCCGCCCCUGAUUUGGCACUAAUCGGUGCUUUGCCGAGGAAGGGAAACAGUAUAUACCUCCGAAUGCACAUGGUACAUGAUAUCACAGGAACUCAGUCUUUGAGGCUCGAGUGUAUUACCAACCACGUUGCUCUGACUAUCGCUCGAUGGACCGUCCUUCCUGACAGCAAACCAGGCAUACUGAACAGUACAAUGAACGUAGCUAUCCAUAUUGACAGUACAUCUGCUACAUCCAAUGGAUACACUCCAGCACGACCCGCCGGCUCACUCACUUGCCCCACGUCCGAGCCAGAGCCAACCAACCUCAUAGACAGUUCCAGAAUACGAACCCAACCAGAAUGA